UGGAGACCUAUACAACCCUACAUGCUGCUGUAUACCUUCUUCUAUAAAGGCUGGAGAUAAGUAUAACUGCACAUAGUCUGUACUGGGACGUGGCGCCUCUCCCCAUACUGUCCAUUCAGUAUAACACAUGGCUGCCUGCAGGUACGCAGGGGAACGGAGUUCCUGCACUUUUCCAUAGAAGGGACACUGUUCCCAUUACGGCCCUUGAGUGGAAAUCUUGGGAAUCAAGGUGAAAGUUACUGAUAGAGAAUGUUGGCGGCCAGGUCCUGCUUAGCGAUCCCCACAAGGACGCUGUACUUCAGGGACAAUGUAAGAUUUCUGCAGAAGUGGUCUUCCGCUGUGACCUUGCCUACAAGCCGUUCCUAUGCGAGUCAGCCAGAAGGGGGCAAUAAGGCAGUUCUUGUAACAGGAUGUGACUCAGGCUUUGGAUUUUCAUUGGCGAAGCAUCUUCACAGCACAGGAUUCACUGUGUUUGCAGGAUGUCUGUUAAAGGACAAGGGAGACGCUGGUGUGAAGGAGCUGGACAAUAUGAAUAGUGAUCGGAUGAAGACCAUACAGUUGAAUGUUGUGAAGCAGGAUGAGGUAGAGAGAGCUGUGGAAAUUAUAAAAGAAAAUUUGAAAGACCCAGAAAAGGGAUUAUGGGGUGUUGUAAACAAUGCUGGAAUAUCAACAUUUGGAGAAGUGGAGUUCACCAGCAUGGAGACCUACAAGGAAGUUGCUGAAGUGAAUCUGUGGGGCACAGUCCGAACUACCAAGGCCUGUCUCCCUCUCAUUCGUAGAGCUAAAGGCCGUGUGGUAAAUAUAAGCAGUAUGUUGGGCCGAAUGGCAAACCCUGCUCGUUCUCCUUAUUGUAUCACCAAAUUUGGUGUAGAAGCAUUCUCUGACUGUUUGCGAUAUGAGAUGCACCCCUUUGGAGUCAAGGUGAGCGUGGUUGAACCAGGGAAUUUCAUCGCAGGCACCAGCUUAUACAGCCCAGAAAAAAUAAAAGCAAUUGCUGAAAAGAUGUGGGAUGACUUGCCAGAAACCGUGAAGAAAGAUUAUGGGAGAAAGUACUUUGAUGAGAAAAUAGCCAGGAUGAAUUCAUAUUGUAACAGUGGUUCAACAGACACGUCUCCCGUCAUUAAUGACGUCACCCAUGCUCUCACUGCCUCAACUCCAUUUACACGCUACCAUCCCAUGGACUACUACUGGUGGCUCAGGAUGCAGAUUAUGACACACCUGCCUGGGGCCAUAUCUGACAAGAUUUACAUCCAUUAGAUAAUUUUUAUGGAUUUAUAGUUAAUUCUAAGAAGAUACUGAUCACAUUCGCAGCCUUUACUACCUCACAUCAUGUUCUCACAUAUCAACCAGAAUGUUGCAUUUUCUAAGCCUCUGAUCAUACUCUAUGCUAUUCUUCCCGUCAAAAUGACAGACCAUACAAUGCAUCUAGCAGUGUCUUGACUCCUAAUAAAAACCGAAACAAGGAUGCAGAUGUGAAAAGAGCCUUAAAUGAUUGUUCUUAUUUUUUAUCUCAUGUCCUUCUAAAGGUUUAUUCCAAUUUUACUAAGAAACAUUAAAGGGGUACUCCACUGGCCCGCGUGGAAAUAAAUGUUCCCGAAUGCUGUUUUUGCACUGCGGGGGGUCGGGCCCGCAGCGCGAAAAACAGCAUUCGGAACACUUAGUUCCACGCUGGCCAGUGGAGUACCCCUUUAAUGUGACGUCCCAGAGCUAGAGAGUACAUACUUCUCCUAGUCCAGUGUCUGUACAUCUGUCUGCCUGGGCCCUCUGAUUACUUUCCCUGAUCAUGUGCUCUGUCAAUGACACUUAUCGAGGCGGCAGAGGGGUCAGAACAUCAUUGGCAAAGCUCAUAGAGAGCAAGUUAUCAGGGUAAGUAAACAGAAUGACCAUGACCCACCAGAGCACCACUGCUGGACUGGAAGAGGUGAUUACAUGCCAGUUCAUUUUACAGUCCUGUUAUGCUGAAUUAAGGAUUUUUAUAAAAUUGGAUUACCCCUUUAAUUUCUUUUUGUGCCAGAAUCAUGGUGGAAAUUUGUAAACCUUCUUUUAAAUAAAUAGCUGUUUUCAUUUGUAAAAGAAGGGGAUAAUAUAGUUUAACCUUCUGUUAUGCCCUUUCACACCAAAGUUUAAAAGCAUGGCACAAACUACAGCACAAGGCCCUACAAAAUUGUCAAAUCAAUGAUAAGUUAUGUCAAAAUGACACUUUAGCAUAUGCUUUAUGCUUGGCCUAGAGGAAGCAGGAGGAAACCGUUUUUUCCUUCCAGAAAAUAGAGUAAAAGCUUUGUGUGAAAGUGGCCUAAUGUUGUAUAUUCUUAUUUUGAAGUUUACUUCUUAUAUGCUUCUGCAUACUGGAACGUACAACUACCUCAUUCUGUCAUGUGUGCAAUUACACAAAACAACAAACGUGUCUUCUAUUUAUUUAUAGUGUGUGAAAAAAAUUAAAAGUGGCACACCUUGCAUUGAACUGCUCUAGAAUUUGCACAUUGCCCUUCCUGAUGUUCCUUUCAUAAAAUAUAAAAUAUUUUUAGUUUUAACAGAACUUAUGUUAUCAUCAUCAUGAUGAAGUGGUGGUAGGAUAUUCAUGGCUGCAUAUUGAUUCAUUGGCACAACUUGCACCAUAUUCCUUUUUAGUUUAGGAUUUGUAUUACAAUAACUGAUAUUAGGAAUAAUACAUUUAUGUAUUGUAUAAAGGCGUUGCUAAUCUUUAAUCUAAAUCUCACAUUUUUAUAAUGCAUUUAUUUUGGCUUUAUUUUGUAGACAUUUUAUAUUGGUGUAGGAUUUGGUACUCUUAUUGCUAAAUAAAAUGUCAUAUAAUAAAAUAUUUUAC